AAAAUUCACCCACCCAAGAGUUUAUUUUGGCUGAAAAUGGUUUAGUUGGUUCGCCAUUGGAAUUAGAGAAAUCGGCUUUGACUAUUCGCAAACUAGAUUAUAAACAAGCCCAAAAAGAGCAUGAAAAAACUAAUAAAAAGGUUAAGAAUUUAGAAAGUGGUGUUAACCGCUUAAAAGCUAAUCAAACCGAAGUUAGUCAACUAACCGCCCAAAUUAAUACCUUGAACGAGGACUUAUUAACUUUAAAGGAACGCGACCGCUUAGAAAUAACACACUUAAAAACUGAAAACAAAGGUUAUAAAAAACAACGCGACCAACGCCCGGACAUUAGCCAUGAGGAAUAUCAAAACUUAACUCAACAAAAAGAGCAAGCCCUAGCCGAAGUGGCGAAAGAAACCUUUCCUCAGCAGAAUGCCACCCAAAUCGCUGCCAAGAUUGCUGAUUUAAUUACUGAACGAGAUGAAAUUAAUGAAAGUUUAACCGCUUGGACUGCUACUUUUGAAAACCAAACUGCUUCCCAAGUAAAAACGGAACUAGAUAAUUAUCGCCAACAAACGGAAAUUUACAUUACGGGAUUAACUAAUUUAGGGGUAAAAAAUCUAACCGAUUGGGAGAAUACGGUUCGGGAUUGGAAAAACCAAGAAAAUCAAGUUAACGACUGGCGGGAAAAAUAUGAGAAAGAGCAAACCGAGCAUGGCAAAACUGCCGAUAAAUUAAAAGAAUUAGAAAACCAACUCCCCAUCACC